CACGCCGCCGCGUGCGUGCCAUUGACAGUUUACCGAGGAGCGUGGAAGCCGCUCGGCGCGAGUAAAACGGACUACCCUCCCACCCGGUCCUGCAAGUAAACGGACUACCCACCCGGUCCUGCAAGUAAACGGACUACCCUCCCACCCGGUCCUGCAAGAGCGGUCGAAGGGAGACAGAAGACUGCAGAAGAAAUUCCCCCCAUCUGGCUAAACUCCAGAAGAAGGGCCAGAUCUUCAGAGCAGAGCAAAGAAGCCCGGCUAGAAGUCAUCCGCUUAGGAAUGGUGGAUCACUUGCCACUUGGCGAGGAGACCUUCCUAUACUACAACGGCUCUCCGGCGUCGGACUACAACCACCUCAACCACCACGGCGCGGGCAGCGUGUCGCCGAGCGACAUGGUGACCGACACGGGCAUAUACCAUCACCAUCAUUACCAGGGGGCGACACUCUCCUCCUCGCCGUUUGUCUCCGAGGAUGACCUGAGUGACUCCUCCAGCCCUCGCUCCUCCCUCUGCUCCAGCCCUGAGUCCUCGUCGUCUCGACACCUCCUGGGCUCCAGCUACGAGAGCAGGGGCAGGAGUAGCGGGAGCAGUUCCUCCGGAGGAGAGAGCCAGGAUAGCCUGUUGGACCUCCUCCUCUCACAGACCUCACUCGCCACCUCGCUGGGCUGUGGCGGCGGUAGCAGUGGCGGCACCAGCAGUAACGACAUCCCCCUUGUUGCUCCUUCGUCUUCUUCUCCAACUUUGCCCCCUCAUUCUCCACCCUCGUCUUCGGCCGCCCCGCUGUUACCCAUGGGUCUGGCGUGGGAGUCAAGGAGGGAGCAAAGGCUGAGCCUGCUCCAGCAACAAGCCAAGGAGGAUGGCUAUGAAUUUCCUGUCUUCAUGGAUGACCUGCAGGACCCCUCGGCGCUCCUCUUCCAGCCCACCUUGGAGGAGAUUGAGGAGUUCUUAGAGGAAAACAUGGUGGUGGGGACGGAGAAGGAAGAGGAGGGGAGCGAUAGAGGGAUGUCGCCGGUGUUAGCAGACACAGCAGUGGAGAGCCCCCGCGUGACGGCAGGCGAACCUGGAUUCGUGUCCGAGAACUUGGACCAGACUGUGCCGAUGGCGCGCAGCACUGCCGCCCCUUCUCCAGCCUCCUCACACUAUGCGGAGACCAAGCAAAUGCCAUCGAAGUCUGAAACAGACCACCCGCCAUCUGCCAUGGAUUCUAGUUCUGGCUCUAGCUGUGUUUCUACGGGUGGCAGCAGUAGCGGGGCUGCUGAUGGGAUUAAACAGGAGAACUGCACGUCACAAUCAGGCUCGCCAGAGAAUUCGGGUGAUCCAUCCAGCGUGCCUGUCAUCCUGCAGAUCCAGCCCAUACAGAUCAAACAAGAACCGAACGCGAAUCCCUUAUCAAACGGUGUGCCCCCGCAGCCCUGUUCCCAGCAACCCCAGCCCCAGCAAACCCCAUCAGACAUCAAAAUAGCCCAGCUCCUGGUCAACAUCCACGGGCAGACCUUUGCCUUGGUGCCUCAGCUGGUGCCCCCGGCCAACGUUGCCAGCACGAGCGCAACGGCCGCCGCCGGCUCGUCGAAGUUCGUCCGGAUCGCGCCGGUGCCCAUCGCCGCCAAGCCCAUGGGGCUCGGGGAUGGGGGUGUGGGAGGAGGUUCGGCCGCGGGGUUUCUCGUGGGAGGUCCAAAAUAUCAGAAGAGCACAGUAGCGGACCUUAUAAAGAUGCACAAGUGCUCUUUCCCGGGCUGCAACAAGAUGUACACGAAGAGCAGCCACCUGAAGGCGCACCUCCGCAGGCACACCGGGGAGAAGCCCUUCGCCUGCACGUGGCCCGGCUGCGGAUGGAGGUGAGGGCAACCACGAUGCUGCCGGGUGGAAUGACUAGAUGGAUGAGCUCAGAGAGAGAGAAAGGGGUGACUGACUGGAGGUGUGGUUGUUUAGUGAG